GUCGCGGACCUGGGCGAGAACAGGCCGGUACACCAGAACGUUCGUGCGGCUGGUAAACUCUGGCCCGCGCUCUUUAUCGUUGCUCGUACACAGGCCUGUGCUAUAAACGCCCGCGGCUUGGUGUGGAAGUACCAUGGCGAACGACACGCCGCUCUCUCUUGUAGUGGAAUUCAUGGAAGUUUUGGCAAAAUUUCUGUUUUACUUACUUCAAGCGAUGGUGCUGGCGUUUGUCCCAGCGAGUCUACGCCGUAAAGAUGUGACAGGUCAGGUCGUUCUGAUUACUGGAGCAGGUAGCGGCAUCGGUCGGCUUAUGGCGGUGAAGUUCGCAGCUUUGGGAUGUCAUUUAGUAUUGUGGGAUAUUAGCGAACGUGGUAACCAAGAAACAGCCAAAGAGGUUAAAGGUCAGGGUGCAAAGGUCAGUUGUUACCAAGUCGACCUUUCCAAGAGGGAACAAGUCUACCAAACUGCAGAAAAGGUAAAAGAGGAGAUAGGGCACGUGGAUAUUUUAAUCAACAAUGCUGGAAUUGUGACGGGCAAGAAAUUCCUGGACUGUCCCGACUCGAUGAUACAGAAGACCAUCGAAGUGAACAGCUGUGCGCAUUUCUGGACAGUAAAAUCAUUUCUUCCCGAAAUGAUCGAGAGAAACCAAGGCCAUAUUGUUACAAUGGCCAGUUCGGCUGGAAUUCUGGGACUGAACGGUCUGGCAGAUUACUGUGCUAGUAAAUUUGCCGCCGUCGGCUUUGACGAAUCCAUCCGCUUCGAAUUAGAGGUUCAAGGCAAAACAGACAUUCACACAACAGUUAUCUGCCCCUAUGCAAUAAACACGGGAAUGUUUGAUGGCGUAGAAUCCAGGUUUUCUAGUUUGUUACCAAUCUUGGAACCUGACUACGUAGCUUCAACGAUUGUGGACGCCAUUUUGAUCAACCAGCAAGUUUUGUACAUCCCCAAGUUGCUCUACGUCAUGUUAGGUCUCAAAGGAAUUCUCCCAGCUAAGUGCAAUUACAUUCUGUGUCGAUUUUUCGGAGCCACAGCAUUGAUGGAUAAAUUCGUCGGUCGUCAGAGGAGCGAGGGAGCCAACUGAUCAAGGUCUCCAGUCGUCUGUCCGUUUGUCUGCAUGUUUGUCCGUCAUCUGUUUGUCGGUCAGUUUGUCCGCCUGUCUGUUUGUCUCUCUGCUAGGCCCAUAUAAUUCUGAAUCAUGCUGUUAUACUGUAUUCGGUGAUGUCUUUUGACGUACUCUUUCAACCGAAAACACCAUUAGACACACUUUAGAGACGUCAUUGACCAAUCUACAUGUACAUAUGACCAAUCGUAAACACGACUGUUUCAAACAAGUCAAGCUGAUGCCUUACAUAUUAGUUACUCCAGCAUAAUUGCUUCAGCGAACAAUCAAACGCUAAAUGGUACGGUGAGACAAUAAGCAAUUGAGAAUCGUACAUGUCUCGAUCGCACAAGCAAAUGUCGUAAACGGCCACACGUUUUGACGUUGUAAACCUUGUAAAAGAGAAUACGUUUUGACGCUGUCCGCGGCCAUACGUUCUUACCUUGUAAACAGGCCUACGUUUUUAAGUUGUAAAGGGCCUUGCGUUUUGACGUUGUAAAGGCCAUAUGUUUGUCGUCUAGAGCGUCCAUACGUUUUGACGUCGUCAAGGCCAUACGUUUGACGUCGUAAGCGGUCAUUUGCUUUGACGUCGAAUUCACGGAUGCAUGCGACAUAUUUCGUCACCGCACAGAAUUCCCAUAUUUGGGUUAGUUGUGAUAAAAGGUUGUGUGAUUUAAGACUUGUUUUUGUGAUAGAUUUAUAUGAGUCAUACUUGAUAUGAUUACUUCAAGUUGUAUACACGUCUGUUUCUUUGAUUAACUUAAUUGAAUAGCUUAAGAUGUAUACAAUCAUGUUGAUUUGUUAAUAGGUGAAUUUGUGCGAAAAAGUUUUUGUAUCAUAUUCUUUGUCCGUUGGAUAAUCGAAGUUGUGUUGUUUUGUUUUGUGAAGUUUUUACCUUAUUGUUUUGUUUUAAAGCUUCACCAAGCAGUGCAAGGUGUAAUCGUUGUUGAAAUACAUCAGCAUGAAUGUUACAUUAUACAUACAUCGAUAAAUGAUUUGAGUGAGCACUGUUCACACCAAAUAACUCAGGGACGCAUGUUGGAACUAUGUUAAUUAACGAAAUGUUGAUUAAAUACUUUCAUAAUUUCACAUGAAAUAAAAAUCUUUGGUCAAAGUAAUGGUGCCUUUUCCUUUAUUUAUCAUCAUUUUUUGCCUUAAUUUGAUUGUUUGAUUCAUUGGUUGUUGUUUAACGUACCAAUAGUUCCGGAACUCAGAUGAGGCCUUAAAGGUAAAAACAGUCCUCCUAUAUCUUGUGACUUGUGGAAUGUGUUUGGCAACCUUUGUUGACAUUAAUUUACUUUAUUCAUUAACUGUCUCGUGAUCAUCUACUGGCCUGACCGCUGAGCCAUUCGCUUCAGGUGAAAAGCACUUUUCGCCACUU